AGAUGCACUACAGAAAAGAUCUAUAAGUGGCCCGAUCUUCUGCCUUCCAGCCUGUUUUAGUCUUCCGUCAUUGGCGAAGAACCUGUCCUGUAUCUGCGUUUAUGAUUCGUACUACGUAGCGCGAGAUCAGGUCCUGUGAAAAAUCACCCCAGGGAUAUGCCACGCCGGUUAGAGUUUGUAGUCACUUAGGUUGUUGGGUUGGCUCGCAAAGAACAGACUAUGCUUAUUGGCGUUUGUCGAACAGAGUUUGGGCUUUAACCUCCUCCAUGAAUUACGAGGACCUCGAUUUCGCCAUGCUCGACCACGGGGCUUUGAGCAUCAAUGUGACGCACGAGUCAAGUGUUCCUUUUGACUUCGAGCAGGAUUUGAGGGGAAAGGCAUGCCCAGCUUAACAGGAACAUAUAUGUUCGGGUGUCCCACGUGGCGGGUGCGGGUAGAUUCUGCCCAGAGGUAUCUGCCUGGCCGACGCCCAUCUUCUUUCAACAAGUCAGAUUGUCAUGUCAGCCGCGGCACAACGGGGGACGCUGGCACCACUUCCGGAAUAUCACCGCCGUGGACUGAUUGUACUCACGAUUUUCUCAUUCCUCUCUGCCAUUGCCACAACUGCUCUGUGGCUCUUCAUCACAUAUAAGCUAUUGGCGUAUCGGAAAACCCGGCCGGCUCCGAGGCAACGAAGUACACAACCACAAGAUGCCGAUGUUAACGAUCUACCGGAUCUCUCUUUGGGGUUGGAUGCCCCUUGCGCAGGAGCCACCGGAUUCGCCCGACUGGAGGAGCUCGAUAGACUAGCCGCGUCACAAGAGCAAGCGGGAGAGGCUGCAAGUGCCACCGGGGAUCGAGACGAGCAGGAGGCUGAGGAAGCCCGCAAUCCUUUCCCCAUUCUCAUUUACAAUCUCCUACUGGCAGAUAUGAUGGAGGCUGCUGCCUACGCGCUCAGUAUAUCCUGGGUCUCAGCUGACGGCAUCUUUGCACCUUCGUCAGUCUGCUGGGCCCAGGGUUGGCUGGGCUCGACCAGUAACUUAGCAGCGAGCUUGUUCCUAGCGGUUAUUUCGAUCAACACGUUUUUGACAGUAGGCUUGGGUUACAAGCCACCGCCGUGGACGAUCUAUACCUCGAUAGGGGUUCUCUGGAUAUUCGACUUUGGAAUCAAUGGCGCAGGCGUAAUAUUUUCGGAGAUCCACCCAGCAGUUCCUCAAGAGUCUUUCUUCAUGCGGGCCAAUGUCUGGUGUUGGAUCUCUACAUCGUACGAUUCGUGGCGGUUUUGGGCUCACUAUUUCUGGGUCAUUGUCUCCAUCGCCAUUACACUCAGCCUCUAUUCCUUCGUCUUCUUUACUCUUUGGCGUCAAAAACGAAGUUGUCGUCACUUGCCGGAAAAGAGAGCGUCACAAAGCGAAGCCUUCGAAUCAGGAUUCGAGGCGGGUCAUGGACCGGAAGUUCGACGACCUUCAGGCUAUCACCCAGCCUUUCUUGCGUACCCGUUCGUAUAUGUCGCUUGCAGCAUGCCUCUAAUAAUUGGCCGUAUUGCUUCUCUACUGGGUGUCGAUCUUGGCAUAUCAUAUUUCGCCUUCGCGGGGUCCAUCUUGGCUACGAAUGGACUCUUUAACUCAAUAUUAUGGACUACAACAAUUGUGUUUAGCGAGCCACAAGACGCACACAACGCGGGCUUGGAUCAGUUCGCCUUCGUCAGAACCCCGAUACGAGAUUAUGGACACACUGUCAUCAUCAGCGGUCCUGCAAGUCGAAGAGUGCCUGAGCCAAGUAUUGUCCCUGGCGGCGGUCGCAAGGAAUGGUGGUGGUGGAAACAUGGCGGGCAGAGAGGCUGGGGGAGAUCCUAUGCCAAUAUGCAUGAAACGCCCAGAGUGAGCGCAGUCGAGGUGCAUAAUCAUACAUUACCAGUCAUUGUGGAAGGUCCCUAUAUUCAGAUGGACAUUGUCACAGCCGUUACCGUUGAGCAAGCGGAGAUUCAGCCGAUACCCCCGGGCAGGCCUCUAGACACCUACCCAUCAAAAUAGCGUUCUGCUUUUUACGUUUUCCUAAUUAAGGAGAGUUGAAACUACCUACACAAACUGAUACGAGUAGCAAGAAGCCGAUUUAUGGAUCCGAUUCGGGAUAUGGAGUCAGAAACCAGUAAGAAAAACAGAGACUAGAACAUAGAAUAGCUACUUGACAAUGUCACUUGAGAUUGACAGAC